ACCGGGAUUACGUAAAGAAGAAGACACAUCAGCAAUCACUCAACGCUGUCACUCGGUGCGAUGUUUUCCUACGUCUAUAGCCAACAGUAGGAUAUUCCGGCAGAAAAGUAGUGUAAUAAUUGAAGAUACAGUUUGAUGAGGAGUAAUUACGUUCUUAAAUUAAUUUCAAACAUAAUUUAAAAGUUUAGUAAACAAGUUCAAGAUUAUCACGACUGGAAAUUAAAACCUAACCUACGAUGUCUGUGAAGGAUCAAAUCAAAAUUGAUAUAGAAUGGGGUCAUGAACGAUUAGUACGUGCUCAACAGACAGUCGAAUUACGUCCAUACGAUGUAGAAUCAUGGUCAGUGCUUUUACGGGAAGGCCAAAGCCGGCAUGUAAACGAAGUUCGCUCGCUAUAUGAAUCCCUCGUAGCUGUUUUCCCGACCACGGCUCGCUACUGGAAAAUCUACAUUGAACAGGAAAUCAAAGCCAGAAACUUUGAACGAGUGGAGAAACUUUUCCAAAGAUGCCUCAUUAAAAUCUUGAACAUCGACCUCUGGAAGUUGUACUUGACCUACGUGAAGGAGACCAAAGCAGGACUGAGCACCCACAAGGAGAAGCUGGCUCAGGCGUACGAUUUUGCUUUGGAAAAAAUUGGGAUGGAUCUGCAUUCGUUUUCGAUUUGGCAGGAUUACAUUACAUUCUUGAAAAGUGUGGAGGCUGUUGGAAGUUAUGCGGAGAAUCAAAAAAUUACGGCUGUGCGUAAGGUAUAUCAGAAAGCGGUGGUGACACCUAUUAUUGGAAUUGAAACAUUGUGGAAGGAGUACAUUGCCUUUGAGCAGAACAUCAACCCAAUUAUAUCUGAGAAAAUGAGUUUGGAACGUUCAAGGGAUUACAUGAAUGCGCGAAGAGUAGCCAAAGAAUUAGAGAUCGUCACAAAAGGACUAAACAGAAAUCUCCCAGCAAUUCCACCCACCCUAAGUAAAGAGGAAAUGAAACAAGUUGACCUCUGGAAAAAAUACAUUGCAUUCGAGAAAUCCAAUCCACUACGAACGGAGGACACGGCUCUCAUAACGCAUCGUGCAAUGUUUGCGACGGAACAAUGUCUUCUCGUACUCACGCACCAUCCGGCCGUUUGGCAUCAAGCUGCUCAACUUUUAGAUCAGAGUUCGAAGUUAUUAACAGAGAAAGGAGACGUAACUGCAGCAAGGGCAUUCAGUGAUGAAGCUUCGAACAUUCUGGAACGCGCAAUAAGCGGUGUACUGAGCAGGAAUGCUCUUUUGUACUUCGCUUAUGCUGAUUUCGAAGAGGGCCGUCUUAAGUAUGACAAAGUCCAUAGUAUUUACAACAAAUUUAUCGCCAUACCUGAUAUUGAUCCGACUUUGACUUAUGUACAAUAUAUGAAAUUCGCAAGGCGUGCGGAAGGUAUAAAAUCAGCUCGAGCUGUCUUCAAGAAAGCUCGAGAGGAUGUUCGAUCUCGUUAUCAUGUAUUCGUAGCGGCAGCGCUUAUGGAAUACUAUUGCUCGAAGGAUAAAGAUAUUGCAUUCCGAAUCUUCGAGUUGGGCUUGAAACGAUUCGGUGGAAGUCCUGAAUAUGUUAUGUGCUAUAUUGACUACUUAUCACAUUUAAAUGAAGAUAACAACACCAGGGUCUUGUUUGAACGUGUACUAUCGUCUGGUGGGUUGACGCCACAACUGUCAGUUGAAGUGUGGAAUCGAUUUUUAGAGUUCGAAUCGAAUAUUGGUGAUCUUUCGAGUAUUGUUAAGGUGGAAAGGAGACGCAGUGCAGUAUUACAGAAUUUGAAAGAGUACGAAGGGAAAGAAACGGCACAACUUGUCGAUCGAUAUAAGUUUUUAGACUUGUAUCCUUGUACAAUGAUUGAGUUGAAGUCGAUUGGAUACAGUGACAUGACUGGCAUCAUUGGUUCGAAGACAGCAAGUCAAGAAGCAGACAACGAGCCUGUAUCAAACCUACCGCGCCCCGACUUCUCACAAAUGAUUCCGUACAAACCUAAAGCAAAUGCAUAUUCAGGCGAACAUCCACUCGAAGGUGGAACAUUCCCAAAACCACCAGCGCUGGCGUGUCUCUGCGCUCAACUACCGCCACCGAGCUGUUUCCGAGGACCAUUUGUAUCAAUUGAUGCAUUGACCGAUAUAUUCAAUCGAAUAAAACUUCCAGACGCCCCUGUGCCGACCGGUGAUCAUGGAUGUGAUACGAAACUAUUCGAUUUAGCUAAGUCAGUACAUUGGAUCGUAGACGAUAGUACAUUUUCCGGCGAAGGAGGACUUAAGCGACGGCGCAUGCUUCCUGGUGGUGAUGAUAGUGACGAUGAAACACCGGGAGUUGCACCACCAGCCAAUGAUAUAUAUCGGCUGAGACAGCAGAAACGUUUUAAUAAGUGAAUUAGUAAAAUUAUAUUAACCAAUUUCUAUUGUGAAAUCAGCAUAUGAUAAAAUAUAGUAUUUUUAAGAUA